AUGCUACGCUGGAGCCCCCAUGACCUGAGCUGCGAGAUUGACAGGCUCGAGGCAAAGAGCGAUCGAUCAAAGACGGAACAUCGAACUCUUGCGCAGUACCGUUCCACCUUGCCAUUUUACGAGCGGUACAAAGAGCACUGCCAACGCCAGAACUGGCUUGAUUUUGACGACCAGCUGCUCAAUUGUGACAAGUAUUUGGAGCAGAAUUCGCAGAUCAAACCCUUCAAGCACGUUCUAGUGGACGAGUUCCAGGACACCAACCUGAUUCAAUAUACGAUGGCACGCCGCUUGGCCGCAGACGGCAACCUCUUUGUGGUGGGUGAUCCCAACCAAGCCAUAUACAGCUGGUGUGGUGCACAGCCCAAUAUCUUUGUUCGCAUACAAAAGGACUAUGCCUCAAACGUCCAGCAAAUUGAGCUUCGCAAGAACUAUCGCUCAACCAAAGCCAUUCUCAAGUUCAGCUCGACACUCAUUUGUCAGCAGCAGUUGAGCUCCGAUGCAUCGCAGUCGGACAGCCAGGGCACCAAACAGGCCACACAGGAGCAGGGGCCCGACGUUUGCUUGACCACAUACCCGUCAUUGCAAGAAGAGCUCUCCGGCAUUGUUCAAAUCUUUUCUCAGACGGCCAACCGCGCGAAAACCUCCUUACGCUAUUCAGACUUUGCCAUUUUACUUCGUACCAAUGCCACUUUGUGCAAUGUUGAACAGGAACUGAAGAUACACCAUCUGCCUUAUCGCCUGGCUGGAAAAACCGGACCUUUCCAGAGCCAGGAAGUCGGCGACCUGCUUGCGUAUCUUCGCCUGAUCAACGACAGGUCUGAUGAUGAUGAUGCUUUCAAGCGUAUCUGCAACAGACCUAGUCGCGGGAUUGGUGUGCAGACUCUAAACAAACUGGACAACUUGGCGAAAGAGCAAAAGACAAGCCUAUUUUCGGCCGCUGCCACUUCACAGCUCAAACCCGCCAAGUCUUUUGCAGAUCUCAUUGCAGAGCUGCGCGGCCGUUUGGGCAACUUUAAGGAGCUGUCCGAGUACAUACAAAUGGUGAUUAAGGAGAUCAAAUUCGAGGAGCAUGUCAAGAAGACUUGUAAAGCUGCAAAGACAGAUGACGAGCAUGGUGAAAACGAUUUUACGCGACGCUGGAAAAACGUUGAGCUCCUGAUUGAUUGCGCAACCAGUACUCAGCAACAGCAGUGCCAGCAACAUGGCGCCAAAGCCUCGGAUGAUGUAGAACGAUCCAUUCAGGACCUGUUGAUCAACUUUGUCGAACGGUAUUCUGAUGGCAUCACUGUAUCCACCGUUCACAAAGCAAAGGGUCUCGAAUGGGCAGUCGUGGCUGUUCCCGAUGUCAACGAUCAUAAUUAUCCCCACAUCAAUACCCAACACGAUGGCGACGACGCCGGGGUAGACGAAGAGAGGCGCCUGCUCUAUCAAACCACGCUACUCGGUCUCGACCUUCCAACACCCCAUGAAGUUGACUCGGAAGCGGGUAGCACUUGCUCACGCAACAACGGGGCGUCUACGCCUGGUCGCGAGCAGAUAAUGCGUAGUACCAGCGCCAUCGUACCAAGGUCUGAGGUGGCCCAAUCAGCUGAGGUCGAGCAAACCCAUGCGGCACCACAAGACCAGCAAGGCCAUGACGAAUCUACUCAGUCCCCAGAGCCUCGACUUCGUCAGGCAUCAAUCAAGCUGACGGCGCGCAGCGUUACCUAUGGUCUCGGGGAUCGAAACCGCGCCAAAACUCCUGGUUUGCAGGAUAAAAAGCAGGGCAGCAAGCCCAAAAACAUGCCUAAAAAGCAGCCUGGCAAGGCCAAACGACGACGCAGACAGCAAGAGCACAAUCUUCAGCCCACACAGACACUACUGGACGGCUUUGUCUCACGAGGACCCAGGUCUAGGCAAGGAGCAAAGACGCUGCUUGCGGCAGUGUGCCAGCCUACUCAGGUGAAUCUUGAUUUGAGCGCACAGCAAGGCACAUGCAAGCAAGAAGGUGAUGGGGAGCCAAUUCCCAAGAGGAAGCCGGCGUUAUAG